UGAAGCCCAAGUGACUGGGAAGGGAUUUACGCCAGACAAGUCAGAUUGUGAAAAUUGGUAAUUUGGGGGUUUAGGGUUUCGACAUUUUUUUCUGCCGGAGCCCCUGAAUCUGAAUCUGUGAAAUGGCGAAUCGAACAGACCCGCUAGCAAAGAGCAUAAGGGGUACGAACCCUCAAAAUUUGGUGGAGAAGAUAUUGAGAACAAAGAUAUAUCAGAACACAUACUGGAAGGAGCAAUGUUUCGGUCUUACUGCAGAAACCCUUGUCGACAAAGCCAUGGAGCUCGACCACCUCGGCGGCACCAAUGGCGGCAACCGCAGACCCACCCCUUUUAUGUGCCUCGUUAUGAAGAUGCUCCAGAUUCAGCCUGACAAGGAAAUUGUUGUCGAAUUCAUCAAGAAUCCCGACUACAAAUAUGUUCGUGUGCUUGGUGCUUUUUAUCUCCGACUUACUGGGACAGAUGUCGAUGUUUAUCGGUACCUCGAGCCUCUAUACAACGAUUACCGAAAGCUGAGGCUUCAGCUUAAUGAUGGAAAAUUCACUUUAACACAUGUUGAUGAGUACAUUGAUGAGCUUUUGACUAAAGAUUACUCAUGCGACAUCGCCUUGCCUCGAAUAAAGAAAAGAUGGACACUUGAGGCAAUUGGUUCGUUAGAACCACGAAGAAGUGCUCUCGAAGACGACUUUGAGGAGGAGGAAGAAAAAGAUGAAGAAGAUGAACAAAUUGCAGACGGAGUAGAUUCCCCCCGGGGCAAUGACAAGGAUUACUAUCGAGCACGGAGUCCGACCAGGGAAAAAGAUCGAGAUAAGAAACGGGAUACUCAAAGAUACAGGGAUAGAGAGCAUGAGAGGGAUAGAGAUUACGAGAGAGAUUAUGAAAGAGAACGUGGAAGGGGACGCGACAGAGAUAGAGAUCUCAGAGACAGAGAGAGAGAUCGUGACAGAGAUAGAGAUAGAGAUAGAGAUAGAGAUAGAGAAAGAGAAAGAGAUAGAGAUGGACGAAGAGAAAGGGGCAGGAGAAGAAGCUAUUCAAGGAGCCCAAGUAGAGAUAGGAAAGAUGAAGAUGGUGACGAGUAUCGUAGUAGAAGGCAUCAUCAUCAUCAUCGUAGAAGUAUUAGUCCCAAAAGGCAGCGGGGUGGUGAAAUGAACGAGGAUGAGAAGCCUAAAAGGAAGAGAGAGAAGAAGGCUGUUGCUAUGAGAGAUGAUGGAACUGACCAUCCUGAUCCUGAAAUUGCUGAACAGAAUAGGAUUCGUUUAUCUCUUGGUAUUAAGCCUCUCAGGCCGUGACAAUAUUAAUAAUAUCUGUUUUUUUUUUUUUUUUGUAUUUUCAGUGGAUGAAAUUAAUCUACGAAUUGUGUGUGUGUAUGUAGCUGUUGGAUAUAUUAUUGUCAAGUUAUAUACGUACGGUAUGCAAGGCUUUUCUAUCGACUUGUUUUCCCAGAUUUCAAGUAUGUUGUACCAAGUUUAAAAGAAAAGAUAAAAAAAAUUGAGAGC